UUCUUUUUUUCAGAUAGUGCCCUGUAUCAAGGCCGAUGUCAACGUUCCAUGCGCUUCUGGGAAUGUGAAUAGGCUUGUUUGGGCAGUGACACGGCUUGCAGCCGUGACUAGGCAGCGGUAACUACGAAGAGACAACAAUUACCGACCCGUCUACACGAUAUCACAAUGCACCGGUGGAGAAUAGCAGCAGCCGUGGCGCUGGCCUGCGCUGCCGUCUGCCUGGGUGACGAUACUACCGAACCAAGCAUAAGCCCUUCGCCAGCCACAGCCGGAACCAUGACGACACCAGAGUCGCCGAACUCCGGGUCCACGGUCGCUGCCAGUGCCGGACCUACGGCCGCCUCUACAGCUGCCAGCGCCGCCAGCGCCGCCUCUGACCCAGGGGGCAGCACGGCCGCGGCCGACCCGGCCACCUCGGCCUCCUCCGCGUCACCGCCGGCGACGGAUGACGUCAGCGCGUCGACACCGACAGCAGCCGACGGUGACGGCGCGUCGACCGCGGCGGAGCCGUCUGCGGAGGGCGAGGCGGCGGUGGAGGUGACGACGACGGCGGCAACUGAGACGACAGAGGCUCCGAGCCCGGCGGCGGCCGUCGACAGCUCGGCGGAGACGGAGACGACCGAGACCGCCACAGAGUCAACAGAGGGCUCAGCAGCCACUACAGCGGCGUCAACUGCUGCAGAGACAGCCACGACGGCAUCUCCAGCUGCCCAGACCUCUGCUGAAACGGUCCCGGAGGCAACGGAGUCUCAAGCGUCUGGGUCACCGCCCGCAGCGUCCACUGACGGACCAUCGGAGCCUGAGACCACCAUAGCCGCAGAAACGACGGCCACCACAGCAGCUGAUGAGACCUCAGCGGCCACAGAGGCCCCUGUGGUGACCACCACACCCCCACCAGCGCCUACCACCCAGCCAUCGACUGCAGCACCGACCGCAGCUGGGGACACAUCUCCAGCGGUCUCCCCAGCUGGGACGCGGCCGCCGAGCCCCGGGCCGGCUGGUGUCAGCAGUGCGGGGACAGAGCCGACAGCUGCCUCCCCGGCCGUCAGCACCGAGCACCCGGCUAAUGUGACAGCCAGUGAGCGGACCAGUGAACGGACCACGGCCACACCGCCCGUGGAGACCUACGGCUACCCGAGGAGUAUGAUGGCGGAUGAGAUGACUCGUCCUGAGACUGAGGGCGUCGUCACCAUGGUGCUGCUGCCGCGCCGGAUCAGCUUCCUGGCCUGGAUGGGGGUGAAGGAGAGCCUGCUGAGGUCGACCAUCCUCAACAUCACCAGAGACAGCGUUUCCAACGACACGGAGCUGGAGUGGGUUUACGUGUCGCCUUCUCCUGUCUACCGUCCGCCGCACAUACUGCUCCACUUCCUGAUCGUAUGGCGGGGCGAUCGGCCAGCACUGAGCACCGUUACACCGACCGGCGGCCCUGCCAGCACCUCAGCGGCCGGCUCCGCGCCGCCGGCCACCGCGACUCCGCUGACCUCUGACCCGGCGCCGACCCCGGCGACCUCUGACCCCUCACCGACACCCGCGGCGCGCCGGCGGCGGCGGCGGGCGGCCAGCGCCGACAGGGAGGGGGCCAUACCCGCCUGGAUGCUGGCCGAAAUGAUCGCGGACAACGCCGAGGAGAUCGGAGACAUGGUGUCUGCGGACGUGGAGUCGACCUCGGCCGGCCUGGGCCCGCCCUCGUCCUCCUGCUCCCAGGAGGAGGGCCUGCUGGGCAGCAGUGGUCAGGUGAUGGUGAUCCUGGCCGCCGCCGCCGCCUGCUGUCUGUGCCUGGCGUGCGGCGCGCUCGUCUACGUGCGCCUGGUGCGCGACUCGGGCCACUGGGAGCCGCAGCCCGCCUACCACGAAGGGGAGCGGGUCGGAGGGCUGGACCUGCACUCGGACACCGACUGCAAGAAGGGCGAGGAGCCGCCGGACGGCACCGGAGCCGAGGUGGUGCCGCUCACCGACGUAUCCAGAACGCCGACCGGCUCUCAGCGCGGCGACGCCAGGGUCUGACGGCUGCCCGGGGUGUUACGACGACCCGGGGUUCUGUCGGCUGCUCAGGGUCUACACGGGGUUUACUUGGGGUUCUGACGGCUGCCCAGGGUCUGCCCGGCGUCUGACGGCUGUUCGGGGGCCUGUCCGUGUCUACCUGAGUCUGGCCGGGGUCUCUCGGAGGUCUGCCGAGGUCUGCCCGGGGUCUGACGGCUAUUCGAGGUCUGCUCGGGGUCUGCCCGGGGCCUUCCCGGGAAGUGGCGCCUGUUCGGAGGCGACACCGGGGUGUGACGAUUCGCUCUGGAGUCGUUUUGGUCUGGCAUAGUGCGACGAUGAUAAAAGCGUCACGAUCUGACCGAACAUGGAUGAUUCUGGUGCGUGGAGAAUGUGACAGAAAUAUCAUGAUUUUAAAAGAAGAGUGACAGACAGAGCUAUGUUUUGUGCUACACAAAAGGCGUCAGUUCUCAGUUGGACGCGGCGGCACAGGUAGAGCUUGGGUCUAAAAGUGUGGAAUAAAGAAGACGCCGGAAUCCAUCGGGAACAGAGACGACGCCAGAAUCUGGUGAGACACCUCGACGGUGGAAGCCCAUGCCAAUUAGUCACGGUGUGCUGCUCUUAUUGUCGUAGUGGAGACAGCUGAGACAAAGGGGAUUGGAAACCUGGAUUGGCUCGCACUGUGUGAUGCUCGAGGCAGAUAGCAAAGUACUUCGAACCAGAUACAGAACAAUAAAACAGUUUGCAUGCGAGAGUCGUGACUAGAAAUAGCAGGAGGAACGCGUUCAUCAGUGAUGUAAUGCGAAACAUAGGCAUAAGUUGGGCAUAAGGUAUCUUCUAGUGUGCAUUGACACUAGUUCUUCCUCGCAAGACAGUUCCAAUGCUUAUAAUUUAGCAUUUAGGCACUCAAAUCGCGCCACAAUAGCGAUUUGCGACAGUUGCAAAUGUGCUUGGAUCAAAGUAGUAGUGCUAUGAGACAGUCUGUGGUGCCACUUUAGAGCUUAUGCUAUUUACUGGAAUUUUUUUUUAUAAGGUGCGUGUUCAUUGACUGAUAGUAUUACAUAUAAGUCCGUAUGCGUGUCCUUAUUUCUUUUGCUUUUAGAUUCGCAGUUUGUUGUCGAGCGUCAAUUAUUUUGUGUCGCACAACUCAGUGCCCACUUUAUCUAGGCACUUGUUGGGUCGUAAAUUGAAUAAAUAUGAAAAUGAGCUAA